AUGGCAUGGUUUGUGGUAGCGCCACUGUUACUAUUGUUAUGUUCGAGCACUUUAACCGAAGGCAUCGUCGCUUCUAGUGAUCGAGGACAAGAAAAGCUUCAUGCUACCUUGGGUUACUAUUAUACUUCUCCUCCGAACUCCGGCCAACCGCCGGCCGAGCAUGACAGGCCAUCCGCCCCACCGCCACAACACGGAGGCGCAGAGAAGAAAAAACCGGCGCCGCCUCCGCCAACUCCUUCAUGUGGACGGCCGGUGCAACCGCCUCCGUACGAACCCGCCGCCACAGUGUGGACAACCGCCUGCGCCUCCGCUCUGUGCUCAACGGCCGGUGCCUCCACCGCCUCCGCCGCACAAGAAUCCUUCUCCAUCCCUACCACCGCCGUACGGCAAACCGACACUGCCAUCUCCUCCCCGGAAGCACCCGCCACCGCACCAUGCACGCCCCCCGCCGCAUCAUGGCCGCGCGCCAACAAAGCCACAGCCAUGCCCGCCGUCCCCACCGCCGCAAAGACAACCGCCACCUCACCAUGCUUAUCCGCCCCCGGCCUACGGUGGCAAUCCGCCGCCACCUCCGACGUCCUACUACCUGCCGCCUCCGCCGCGACGAGUUCCAACUCCGUCGUCGCCAUACCAGCAUCCACCAUCGCCGCCGUAUCUCAACUAAGCCAGCCUGUAGUGCAGUAGCUAAUCAAUAUUGUUAAGCAUAAUAUCGGAGAUAAUUAUGUAGGCAAUCGCGCGAAGUUAAGAACCAUCGACGAUGAAGAAGAACUACUCGUGUUUUAAUUUGCAGUAAAGAAACUGAAAUAAUUGCAUCAAAAUCCAAACUGUUUGGAUCCGGAUCAAUGUCGACUCGGUUCAAUGUUGUUUAACUCCAUUAGCAAGUCGAAUCGCGCAAAGGUGUA